GCGGGCUGUUGCGGGCCGACAGGCGGCGCCUCUCUGAACACCAGCUCGCUGCUUCGCCGGGCGGGAUUUCCGCAAUAAUAUCAAGUAUGGCGAAGACAUACGACUAUUUGUUUAAAUUACUGUUAAUCGGGGACUCCGGUGUCGGGAAGACAUGUGUCCUGUUCAGGUUUUCAGAGGACGCCUUCAACUCAACGUUUAUCUCCACUAUAGGCAUCGAUUUCAAGAUUAGGACAAUAGAGCUUGACGGCAAGAAGAUAAAGUUACAGAUAUGGGAUACAGCUGGUCAGGAGCGCUUCCGAACAAUCACGACAGCCUACUACAGAGGGGCAAUGGGAAUCAUGCUCGUCUACGACAUCACGAACGAGAAGUCUUUUGAUAAUAUCAAGAACUGGAUAAGGAACAUAGAGGAGCAUGCGUCAUCUGAUGUUGAGAAGAUGGUCCUUGGCAACAAGUGUGACAUCAACGACAAGCGGCAGGUGUCCAAAGACAGGGGGGAGAAGCUUGCUUUAGAGUAUGGCAUCAAGUUCAUGGAGACCAGUGCAAAGGCAAACAUCAAUGUGGAAAACGCAUUUUUGACACUCGCCAGAGACAUCAAAUCAAAAAUGGACACAAAAUUGGAGGGCAACACGCCGCAGGGGAGCAGUCACGGAGUCAAGAUCUCAGAGCCGCAGAAAAAGACCAGCUUCUUCCGCUGCAGCCUACUCUGAGGACAGAGGCCUUCGAUACUGGCUGCCAGCUGGCUGGACAUAAAUGGACUGUGCUUGCUUCUAGCACUUCCUCCCCCUUUUUCCUCUUUCUCCCAUCCAUGGCCAGUCCUCCCAGUCCACACAAACCAUUAUACUCCCAGUAAGUGGAGGACACUCCCUCCUUUCUCCCUCUUCUUAAAGCUUCCAGUGGUGCAUCUCUUCCAUCUUAAGGAGACACGUUAUCUUCAGGGGUCAGACCACUCGACUGGUGGAGGACGCGACCAGGAGCAUUCUUCAGAUGUUCCAUAUCACACAGAUAACAGGCUCGUACUUCUGAUGUUAGUCUCUUUGUAUUACACACUCAUACUUCACACAGCCGGUAGCACAACUGUUAAAAGUUCCACUCGGAGGGAGAAAUCACUUAAUUAAUGUCAAGAGUUUGGGAUUGAAACACAAAUGUGAUAUUUAGAUCUAUUUUUAUUAGUGAUCUUUCCCUUUUUAUGUGAUAAAUGUCAGCCAGAGACUGAUAGGCUUGAACUCCAGUUAAACAGAGUUGCACACGCUUUCUUUUCAUUUUCAUUUCAGCAGUUUAGAAUCAUACCAAGUCUAAUGAGCAUAAUGCAGUCAAGGGAUCAGAGAGGAAGGUUUUCUGCUCUUUGGUUUACAUGUAGUCCUUGACAAUCAUUUGAUGUGACAUAAAACGGGCGUUUCAUCUUGCCCCAAUCAUUGCUCCUACUUUCUGUGUCACAGACAGACUGCCUCCAACUCUUUUUUUAUCCUUUUCCCCAAAGCUUUCAAGAGCACUUUUGCUCUCAAAAGAUCAGCAGAGCUUUGAUUUGGUGACAUGUCUCUGCUUAGACUUUCUCCGUUAGUAACUUACUGAAACUGAAAACUUCUUGACAUUUCAUGUUAAGCAUUUAUUUGUAAAUACACAUCUUAGGAAGUACUCGCUGUAUAAUUUCAAUAAACCUCCACAGCUAAGUACAGUAUAAAAAAAAAAAAGAACAAUUAUUUUUAAUAUUGAUCAAUCUGCCACUUGUUUUCUUGAUUGUUUGGUCUAUAAAACCUUAGAAAAUAGAGAAAAAUUUCCAAAAGUCUAAAGUGACGUCUUUGACGUGUCUCAUUUUAUCCAACCAACAGCUCAAAACCGCCAAAUAUUCAAUUCACUAUCAGAUAAGAGUAAGAAAAGCAACAAAUGCUCACAUUUGAGUAGCUGGAACUAGCAAAUGUUUGGUAUUUUUGCUUGAAAAAAAAAAAAAUCAAUUAUGGAAGUAGUCGGCGAUGAAGUUUCUGUCAGUAGAUUAAUCAAUCGUCUCGAAUUACUUUAAAUUGUUGCCUUUGAUUUGACUUGAGUGAAAGUUUUGCAGCAGCUCUGAUUCACUGUCAAGCUAAAUGAUGUUUCUGGUCAUUUGAUCAGCAAUUAAAAUCACUGUAAGCCCCUUAAACCCCCCCCCCCCCACUGCUAUAAUGCAGCUCUCCUUGCACUUUACCAGUAACUUGUGUUUUGUGUGUAGUCUGUGCCAAGUGAUAGUUUUGCAAUACAACAAUACAAUUACUUAGUUAUAAAAAAAAAAACAACAUUUGAUUUAUUGAGUCUUGGUAAUAUAAUGGGCAUAAUUCCUAAAUUUUACUACACCUACUCAUAAAUGACUGUAUCUCCUUUGAUAUUUCACUGCUAGUGAUCCACUGUCCUGGUAUUAGUUCACUGACAAACAUUGCCCUGAUUUACUUCAACAGCCGUAUAUAUUUAUGAGAAGAAAAAAAAAAAAGCUCUGUUUCUAUGCUACUGCCCUGCCAAAAUGUAGUUUAAUAGUGAUAUUUUCUUGGCUUAAUACAUGAAAACAGGCUUGACUUAAGCUUAACAGUGGUCCCAUUAGUAGUAUUGUACAUUUUCUUGUUACGUGUGUCAUUGUGGCUCUUUAGUUUGACAGCUAGGUGGCGCCAGAGGCUCGGUAUGCAUUUUGGAUGCCCACCCAAACUCCAAAUUUUAAUCAGUAUUUUAAGAACACAGUUGAAUAGACAUUUGUGAUGCAAACGUAUACCGUCUGCUCGUAUUGAACGUUGAUGUUGAGUCUCGAUCUGUUUCCAUUGUUCCUCAUGUUUUCCUACAUUUGUUUGCUAGUCUGAAAAUCAAACUCCUAUAUGCACAACAUCGAAGGGGGGGAAUCUGUUACUUUGCUUGCCUGCACAGCUUUUAAAUAACUAAUAAUUUGGGACCUCAUGACUACCAUGACCAUUUGUCUUAACCGCUAAUACUCUGUUCUGUCAUAGGUGAGCUAUGCAUUGUGAAUCUUGGACCUGUGCAUAUGUGUGUAAUUUUCAGACAUAUUUUUAGACCCAUACAGUUGAAUGUAUGGGCUUUUGUUAAGUGUUUUCUUUCUUUCUUUUCUUUUCUUUUCUUUUUUUUUUUGUUCACUGAGCCAAAAACAGGACAUAAUCUGUUUUGUAGAAAUGGCAUUGCUACAUCAAUGCAGGAAAAAAAAUUUUUUAGCAUGAUGGAAGAUUGUUGAGUAGCAGGAGGUUGGGAAACGUGGAGAAAGUGCUGUAGUCUCAUGCGAGUGAUACUGUAGCUUUUCUGUAGCUUUAAGUCAUGUACAGAAAACAUUGGGAGCAGACUUUUGUGGGACUCAAGCUGUGUCAUUUUCAGCCGAAAUGAUACUCCUGUUUUGUUUUUGUUGGUAACACUUUAAGGCCCCUUAUUUAGCGUUUCAUAAGCGGCAUACAAUACUUAAUAAACAAUUUAUAACACACUAUAAUGUAGUUAUAAGCAGAUACAAGUACAUAAUUAGGUGUAUUUUGACAUAUUCUAUACUGCCACAGCUGUUUAACUAUAUUGUCAUUCAUUAUCUGUUUAUACACCAGAGUUACAGUUGUUGCCAAACACAUUAUAACACUUAUAUCUGCUUACAACUAUAUUGUAGUGUGUUAUAAACAUAUAUUAAAUGUCUAGAUACUGCUUAUAAAUGCUAAAUAGGAGGACUUGAGGUAAAGUGUUUACUCUUUGUUUUUAAAUCAUAUCCUUUUUUUCUUAAGACACCUAUCACAUGUCAUAUACUGUACAUCCCUUUUUACAGCCAUAUUUUCAUUCCAUCGAUUGUGACAUACACAGGGAGAGUAAUAAAUAAUGCAUUUUGGGGAAAAAAAGUGGAAAAAAAACAUUGUAAAUAUCACAUUGAACAAAGAGAUCUACUUAAAUUGUACUGUACUUUCUAAACCCAUAUGAAAAUGUAUCUACAAUUUGUAGAUAUGUGUACUUUUGAUUUAAUAAAAUAAGAUUAUAAAACUCA